UAUAGGUAAUGCUUAGACAAGAGAACAAAUAUAUGGAAUGACAAAUGUCUAACAUAAUCUGCGAGCAAAUUUACUACCUCAAUAUUUAUAGCAGCUGCUGUGCCAGCGCUCGGGAGACCUUGUGCGGAAGACGCAGAGUUCAUAUUGCAAGAUACCGCUCCUUAUACAAUUAUUUAAUAAAUAAUCCCAAUUAUAAAUCCUAACCGAUAUAAAAUCAUAGGCAACGAGAUAAGUACUAGCGUGCCUACUAACACUACCAAAGUGUUACGCGUUCAGGAUGUCGCGCGAACUAUCGAGUACUCAGAUCAUUUUUACCGAGAAGCAGAUACACCAGAUUAUAAGUAAAUACCUGGGCGAGCGGCGCGCUGGUGGCUGGCAGGUGAUAGCCUGCGACCGACAGCCGGCAAGCGCAGGCCUGGCCGGCUUCCUGGGCGACCACUCUCGUGUCACCCUGCACGUGAAGAGCGACGGCCUCGUUAAGAAGAUACGACUCUUCGUGAAGACCAUGCCCGCUUCCAACGCUCCCAAGGCACAGUUCAUUGACACAAACUGUUACUUUAAGAGGGAGGCGGUGGCGCUGCGACUGGCGGAAGAAAUGCGCGGAGCUGAGGGCCCGACUCCGUGGACUGUCCGAGCGUAUCUGUGCAACGAGCGUAUGGUGGUGAUGCCGGACAUGGCGGCCCAGGGCUACAGGACCCUGCACUACUGCGAGACGCUAUCGCUGCCGCACGCGCUGCUGGCCGCCGCAGCCCUCGCGCGCUUUCACGCUGCUUUUGCUAACUACACCGCUGCGAGAACGGCGCGCGACCAAAGCCCUUAUAACUUCCUGCAGGAGUAUGGUAACAUAAUGACGGAACCCACUUUUUGCGAUUCAAGACCUGUCUUGAAGGCUAUCGCCUUCAAGGCCCCGGAGGAUGUCUGCGCCGAACUUGACAGCUGCCCGCGCCGCGCGGGGGCGACGUCACUCAACUGCAAGCACUCACUCUUUCAUUCAAUUCAUUCUCGCAAUUCUCGCACUCAAGCGCACACAUGUCGCACUAAUACAUUUUCUAACAAAUUUAAACAGUACCCGCCAAAUCUCGAGCAGCGCCUCGCACAGCGGUAUCUAGAGGCAUGCAACACUCUCGCCGAGCACGAGGGCACGCUUAACGUGAUGCUGCACAAAGACAUGUGGGUAAAUAACAUUAUGUACAAGUACGAGGGCGACAUGCCGACGAACGCUUUGCUGAUAGACUUCCAGUGCCUGCGCUACGGCCCGCCCGCUUUCGAUCUUAUGGUGUUUCUGUAUUUGACGACGGAGCGCGAGUUCAGGGAGCGCCACGAGGGGGAAAUAAUCCGUCACUACUUCACCGUCUUCUCGGAGAAUUUGGAUGAAAAGACGAAGCUCGGAUUAAAAGUUUUGAAGUAUGACAUGGAGGAGUUGGUGCGGUGGUGUGAGAAGAGUCGAAUGUUCGGCAUGUUCAUGGCGCUGGGCAUAUUUCCAUACGUGCUGAUGGAGCCACUGGCCGCGCAGCAGACGUUCGAUGAGGCCGCUACGUUCCUCCGGUAUUGCAAUGAGGACCGCAGCGGGCCGGUGCUGGCGCACUGCCGGCGCGACCCCGACUACUUGCGGCGACAGCUGCACCUCACCGAGGAGUUCGUCGAGCGCUACCUCAUACAGAACACGAAAACACUAUGAUGCACUGUAUUUGCUUAGUUUUCUUCCGUAACAAACGAUUGGAACUGUCAAAUGUUUUUUAACACGUAAAUAUUUAACUUAAACUGGGAAAUCUGUUUAUUUCUUAAAGAUGUUCAUAUAUUUCAAGACGGAGUUAAGUUGUGUAUGACAACGUUAGAAUUAAAUAAGAGCCCUCUAUUUUUUAAAUCGACCGAUCCACAUACUUUCUCGCGUUCCCUCUCCCUGAACCGAAAAUAGUCCAAGUGCAAAAAAAAUGUUGAUGUAAUUGCACAAGGUUUGCGAACGUCAAGCGGAGUCUGUUUAAGGCAGAGCGGGCGCUCCAUACGUGGACACACCAUAUGGUUGGCUCACUCAUUGCCACAUUCACUUAUGUGUGUGAUGUACUCUCACAUCAUCUAACAAUUAUUGACAUAAUUCCCUUUCAAUCGCCCUUUUUAUACAUUUUACCAUGUUUGUUACUAAUCAAUAU